AUACUUGCUCUACCUUUCAGAAUUCUUUUGUGCCAUAUUUGAAAGAUGGUUGGUAUUACAGAGAAAUGGGCAAGACUUGAAAAAAAGAUUGUAAAAUUCAGGGAACAACAUCCUGAAUCUCGUGUUGUAUGCUUAGUCAUGAUAGGGAACACCUACAGGUUCAAAGGUGAUGAGCUGAUGGAGAGGGCGUUUGCCCAAAAUGAUGAAGUUAAGGAGCUAUAUAAAGCUGCUUUUGCUCAGGGAGGUCAUCAAUUAUUUGGACAACAGGAUACAUCUGAAGAGCCUCCUACAGAGACAUUAAAGGAUGCCUUGUCCAAGCACUGCUUUGACAUGGAUAUGUCAGAGAUGAGGUAUAUCAUUGGCCUCACUAUAACUCCAACUGGUACAUCUUCUGGAAGUAUACAAGUUUGUUUCUUCUUUGACAACUUUUUAUUGGUUAACUUAUUGUUUCUGGUUUUACUCAUAAUUAUCGAUUUUUCAUUAGCUAGGGAAAAGAGAAGAAAUUUUUUUGCAGACAUGCAGAAUUGCCCUGUGUGGUGGAGAAGGACUUCUGUUCCUUUUGUUUCCCUGAAUCAUCCUAAGCCUCAUCAAAGACGGCCAAAUAUUUGCCAAGUUUAUGAGCUGAUUGAGUCAUUACAAGACCAUUAUGACAUAACGCCAAAUCCUCCAUCAAAAAGACCCAGAAUAAAUUUUAGGUUUGUACGUGAAGCCACUGUACUCCUGGUGGACAACUUCAAUUCUUGUGUAAAAAAAAAAAUCCAAUUGCAAGCAACAAUUGUCAUAACUGUAUCAGGGGCAUUGAAUAAUAACAACAAACUUGGCGUGACUUCACGUCAUAGUCUCGAGGUUUUUGGGGGAUUUCCAGACGAAAAAGCGGUAAGCAGAUUUUACAGCCCAUUAGUCGCACCUCCUGGAGUUUCUACUCCUGCAUCCCUUUCUUCGAGGCAUUCUACAUUUGAACCUUCUUCUGUACUUACUUCUUCUGAACCUCAUUCUGCUUUAUCCCCUUCUGCUGAGCUUCCUACUUCUUUAGCUACUAUGGGUGUGAUUAAUUCAUCUAGAUCUCCUUCUGUACAUUCUACUGCUGUACCUCCUGCUUCUGAAACCCCUUCUGAUCCUCUAAGUUCUGACUCUGCUACUUGUGGAACUCCUGACUCUGCUACUUCUCAACUCCCUUCUGCUUUAUCUCCUGCUUCUGAACCCCCUUCUGCACCUCUUACUUCUGACUCUGCUGUUUCUGGAGUCCCUUCUGCUGAAUCAGUACAAAAAAACAGUCUGGAACUUUUGAGGAUUUUGGGUGCAGGGGAUUGGAAUGAGCUUCUUGCUCUCAGCGGAGAAGUUACUCCAUACAUGCCAGACCCUCCCUCAUCCCUAUCCAAAAAAUGGAAAGUUCCACAGCUGCUGACUACAAAUGCCAAGUACAAAGAUUUUAUUCCAGACUCUCUGGGUAAGAGGAUUUGCCUAUCUUCAACAGCAGAUGGAAAUUGUGUAUUUCAUACUUUUUCUAUAUCAAUAUUUGGUGAUGAAAGCAUGUCUUUCUUAUUAAGACUAAUGACAGUAGUACUGAUGGCUGACAAAGUUCUAGAAUAUUCAAAAUAUAUCGUAGAAGAAUUCGGAGAGAAAUGUCAACAUUUCAUCUCAUCAAUUAGUAGUCAAGAAUACUGUAUCCCGGUAGAUGUAUCCCAUGGAGAAAUGGUUGAGUUUGUCUGUCAACAGGAGCUGUUGUUGACAGCAAGAAACCCAUGCAGAGAUUGUACACUUUUCCACUUGCACAUGUUGGCAACAAUAUUGAAGAGGCCAGUUGUCAAUCACUAUGCUAAACAAAAUGUGAGGGUGCCAUUCAUGGAAAAUAUUUUUCCAUGUUUUGGUGAAAAACUUUUUCCACAUCCAAUCCAUGUUGUUUGGGUACCAUCAAAACCUAGUCGUUAUGCAACAUUAAGACAUGUUGUUCCAGCAAUAUGUGAACCUGGACCAUUUGGUGCACAUCUUGAAGAAUGUGCGUUUGAAGGCCUAGCUUGUUGUGCCUUCAUGUCAAAUGCUAAUCCAGAUUUAGAUCCAAUAUGGAUUGAAUGUAGUUUAUGUGGCCAGUGGACACAUGAUACAUGUCUCCAAAUUCAAGGAGCAGACAUAAAACCCGAGGAUCUGUUCUUUUGUGGAUGUGACCGUUUAGUUGAUGGAAACUUUAUUAUUGAAAGGCUAUUGUAAGUGACAAAUCUCCUAGUUUAAGACGAUACGUCUACCAGAAUGCUGGAUACGCAAUGAUGAGGAGAAGCCUCCGGAUUGGAAGAUUUGGUCCUUUUACUGAAGAAAUUGUUGAUAGUAUAGUGGAAGAACUAAUAAGAAUCACACCUAGGAAGGAUCAAGACCUGAUCCUCGAUCUAUAUAUGCCAGAGGUUCUUCUCUGUAUCGUGGGCAAGAAAGAAGGAGUAAAUCGUUUACUCUCAGAGAAAAUACUUUUAGAUAUUAAAACACAAUAGUUGUCAGCAAUUUUCAAUUAUAAAAAAAAUAAUAGACAUUAAAAACUUCAUUGUGUUGAGUCUGCAUCCAUUCGUUAUAAAACGAGAAAGUAUAUCGUAGGCAUACAGACAUUUUAGUAUAGAUGUGAUUCCUGGUACGUCAACAUAGAUGCAACCAAAGAAUCAAAUAUAGUAUAGACUUUUGUGAUACUUGUAGAUCUAGCUGGUUACAUACUAAAAAGAUUGUGUAAAUGUCAUACGGUAGUAAUGUUAUAUGGUAGUAAUCACUGAUAAAUAAAAUAUGUAU